ACUACCGAGUCUAUAGCAUCUCACGAUAAAAGUUACUAUAGAAAUAGCGAGCAAAAGCUUGUAUUCCUGCGUAUUCAUCCACGCACUUGGUUGUAGCGAACGACGAGGAGAUAAAUGAGCAAAAAUGGAGAAGACGCACCAAAAACACAGUUCAGACGAUUGAGACCAACUGAUAACAUCAGCAACAACCGGAGAGCACACCAGCGUACGCUCUCAAGCCAGUCCUCACCAAUAGCAAGCCCGUCGACAGCUCAGAUAUCCCAAAUACCCAAGCAUAGCUUUAAUAGGAGUAUUAGUACGGUACAACAGCCAUCUACUUCUAGUUCACCGAUACCUGAUCUUAAUUAUCAAAUAUACGCGAAGUCGCGUUCACCGUCGUUUACCAGCACUUUUAGUAUGUCUAGUAUGUUAGGAAAUAGGCGUACGCCUUACAGGGUGGGCUUCCAACCGAAAGGCGUCACUAGGGAUAGGAUCCAGGACUUCACAAACGAGAGAGAUAAACAUAAGCGUGACGAUAAAGAUAUGCUAAACGAUAGGAGACUCAUGAGGCGUCUUGAUAAGCUCUUUGAAGUACACAAUAAACAUAAUGAUGCCUUUGGUUUACUUUCUGACAUUAGGUUGCGAUCCCAAGAGCAGAACGUAGUUAAAUGGGAGGACGAUAAGGCUGUACAAUGGUGCCCGAUUGCUCACGUGCAAUUCAACCCACUCAAAUAUCGGAAGCAUCACUGUAGAAUGUGCGGUAGAGUUGUCAGUGCUGCAGUCGUAGAAAAGGACCCAAUAAAGCGCAGAGCAAGUGUUGUGAUGACGAAAGACCCCUCAGGCAAGAUAAGAAUGUGUCGGCUUGACGAGGAAAUAACCGGAAUUAGGGUCUGCCUAGAAUGUUGGAAAGUUGUUGAACGACAAGAAAUGAGAGUAUUUAUACCGCGCUACAUGCGUGCAUACAAGGAAGCGAUUUUGCUAGAGAAAGAGCUAAACGAUAAGAUAAAGGGUGAUGCUAUAGCGACAAAAGAAUUGAUGGCGAAAACACAACGCCUAGAAUAUCUGAUAAAAGAGUUUGACGAACCCACGGCACUUUGCCGAGCGAUAUCGACCAAGUUUAAGGGGAGCCUGGGGAUCUAUAUGGGACUACUCAAGAGACAAGUGGAGAAAGAGCGGAUGGCAGCCAAGGCGAGGGAAGAUGAGAGCAAGCUCGACGAUAGUGACGACAGCAAGUUACAGGCACUAUUCGAACAGCAAUCGCAGCUGCUGCAGCAAAUAGAGAGAACAAAAGAAGCGCGGAAGUUUGAAGACGUGCGCAUAUUAACAGAGAAUUUAGAAUUUGUAAAUAAAUUAAUUGAAGAAAUUUGAAGACCGUCGUCAGCUGAUCUACGGUAUGACCUUGCAAUCGAACAGUGAAGAGCAAUGAUGAACUUGAACAUGGAACCUUUAAACAAGAAGCGAGGGAAAUUAUUCUACAUUUCGACCUCCGCCUCAGAUGAUCAGCAAGCGAGCUCAGUAGAGAGAGAAAUCUCUGAGGACGACGAUUCCUCCUGGUCCGAGUACAGCGAUAGCGGCGACGACGGCAGCAGCCAGCCAUUGAGCUUCGAGAAGCUCCCAAAGCGGUCUAUGUCCGCUGCUGGUGGCUUCACAUAUUUCCUCUCCAAUAAAUCAAUCUACCCAAGCGAGGAUAAGCUCAGCUUGCUCAGUACUAUGUUCAACAGCCAGCAGAACUUGGCAAACGGUAGCACCAACAACAAUAAUAACAAUAGGAGACUCCCCCCUCCCCCCAACGCGAACGAACUCGACUCCGACGACGACUCUGAUGAUGGUGGCAUAGAAUUCAAUGCACGGAACAGCAAGCGUCUCGAGCAACUUGCCAUAAAGCACAACAGCUCACGCUCGAACAGUAAUCCGGAUAUUUCCGCAAAGGGCGCACCCCGUGCGAUUAUGUCGAAAUCCUCACCUGCACAGUCUUCUAAAGAUAUUAGCUAUGCUUCGACACUAGUUGGCUCUGAGGAUGAUGCCCCGGUCGGUGCACGUCCCCAAUCACCCCGCACAAUUAGACGCAACAUGCUGGCCUCGGAACUGAGCGAAAGUCUCAGAAAGUCUAUCCUCUGGGAACGAGAAACGAGGGCCAGGAUGCUUCUCGGCGGGCACAACAACAGUUCUGGUAUGCUCAAUGCAAAGUUACAAGAAAAGUUUGCUCGCCAGGAGGCCGAAGAAAGGCUGAAAGAGGAGGAUGAACGUCAAGCUGAAGCUGAAGAACUCGAGUCAGCCACACACCUUGCGAGGAUGAAAAAUAGUGUCAGUUCUAUCAACACAUCUCACCGAAGGUAUAGGUCCACACCGGAACGUAGCGAUAAUCAAUACCCGACAAAAAUGUUGUCGACUACGACAAUCCAAAACCAACCAUCGAGUUCAUCAAUAGCUGGUAGAAAUCUUACAGAGAACGACUUAUCCAAGUAUCGUAGAACUCGGCGAUCGACGAAUCCUUACUUAUCUUCGUCACCUGAUUAUCACGGUUCCGGCUGGUAAUCUGGCUUGCAUAGCGCACUGUGCUAUAGUACUCUCGUGCUCAUUUCGUAUCGUUAAAGUGAAACAAACCAACAGACAUCUAGCUCAAUCGUUUUAGUGUUAUUUUAACGUCAAUGCAAAGUGUUGGCGGUGUAUUUUUACUCUUAUACCUGCAUCAAAGCGUGAAUUAAUAGAAUAUACUCAAUUUCUACUUUCUUAGUUUUAAAACUUCACAAUUGUACAAUUUUAGCUGUUUUUACACAA